UCGAGGACUGGGCAACCCUUCUCCAACAUGUGGGUGACAAGGGUGCAGCCUUGGGUCGAUGGCUGGGACCAGGCAGAGGAGAACGUGGCGCUUGCGACCCCUGCACACACGGAGGCUUCGUACAGGGCGUACCUGAGCUGGUACCAGCCUCAGACUCGUUGCCGCUUGAUAUAUGCUGACAUGCAACCACAGCCGCAUGUUGCGACAACACAUGAUGGGUACGCACGACAUAGGGAUGAGGCAUUAGCUGGGGCGUUUGAAAUGUGCAGGUUGAUGGACUUAGAUGCCAGGGCGAAUUUGAUGAGGAUUCGAGGGGGAUCUAUGAUGGAUAGGAAUGAGCAAGAGUCGGCCUGGACCCGAGUUUCACAAAGAGCCCAUUCCAUGCUUGAAGCCUUUGGUAGCCGGACAUCGUACGAUGACUCGUACGGUUCGUCUCAAGUCUCGACCUCGUUUUCUUGUGGUCCCACACAGCAGCAGUCUUCCCAAGCACCUUAUUGGUCUCAGCAGCAUUAUCCAGGUGAUGCACACCCACCUUACCAACCUCACGGAGGGACUCAGUUUAGUACCGUGGCACCAGCUGCAGGGAUGUCAUUUCAACCAACACAGGCACCACCACGACCUUUCGGUAGACAUAUAGUCAAUAUCUUAAUUUCAAUUAAUUGUGGUAUGAAGUCUAAUUCCUUUUGUAUUUACAUAUAGGAUCACAACAGUUAUAUGAUGCUGGACCUUCUUCGUAUUACCCUACGGCGACAGCAGAA